CAUUUUGUCUUCCUUUACUUCUUUUUUUUUUUCUUUUUUCCUUUUUACUUAUCUUAUUCAAUAUUUUCAUGAGUUUACUGAAAAAGGCGAUUGUAUUAUCAACUUCUUUAGUCGCGUUAUAUGUGGCAAUAGUGAUUGGUCUAUGUUUCGAAACCCCUCAAACAUUAAUGAUAUACCUUCACUGGCUUCAAGCUCCUCUUUAUGCAAAAUUUGAUACACCAGAAUAUUAUGGUUUUGCACAUAAUGCUAUUAGGAAUAUUCAAAUCAAAACAGAGGACAAUAUUACUCUUGGAGCCUGGCAUAUUCUACCUAGUGAAUAUCAUAUUGAACAGAAAUUGAAUAUUAUGGAUCAAGUGACAAAUGAUAUAUUUGAUCAAGCUUUGAUGGAUGUCAAAUAUGAUACUGUUAUAUAUUUCCAUGGAAAUGCAAUGAAUCGCGUAGCUCCUUGGCGAAUUGAUUUAUAUAAGAAUCUUCGAAUGAAAUUUCCUAAACUCAAUAUCUUGGCUUUGGAUUAUCGUGGCUUUGGAGACUCAGAAGGAUCGCCUUCAGAAUAUGGUCUUCAACUAGAUGCUCAGGCAACAUAUAACUGGUUACUCUCUAAAAAAGUUUCACAUGAUCGAAUUAGUCUUAUUGGACAUUCUUUAGGUACUGGUGUUGCAACUACUCUGGCUCAUGAUCUUUCAAGAAAAGGAACACCUCCUAAGACUUUAAUUCUUCAAGCACCAUAUACGAGUUUAUCUCAUCUUGUUUUUGAAUACCGUCUAUUGGAAUACAUACCUAUUUUAGGACCUUUGAAAUGGAGCUCUUUUGCAAAAGAGCUGAUGUUAUCAAGAUUAAAUCAUCGUUUUGAUUCUUUAUCCCGUAUAUCGAAAGUGAGUUGUCCAAUUUUGAUUGUUGUUGGUCAACAUGAUAUUGAAAUUCCUGUCGAUCAUUCAACACAAUUAUUUUAUGAGGCUUUGAUUGGAAAAGAUGAUGAUUGGCUAACGAAGAAAAAAAAUGAAAUUCAAGUAUAUGAAAUCAAAAAUGAAGCAAAGGUUUAUAUUAAGAAAUCAAGUGACAAAUCAUCAUCUUUGGUGGAAUUAGUUUAUCUGGAACAUGCCAAUCAUAAUAAUCUUGGUUAUUUUGAUUAUUUAUACACUGCCAUUGGUGAUGUUACUCAUUGGACAUCAAAUAUGUAGUUUUUUGUUUUAAAUAGAUUAGAUUGGUUGAACUAAAAGGGGUUCGGAAUAUCAAAUAAAUUUUUUUUUCUUUUUUUUCGUUAUACAAAAGUGAUAGAUUUUGAUUCGAAACCUUAUUUUUUUU